ACAUCCACUGGGUGGCUCUUUUGUAAUGAACCAUUAACCAAGGCUUUACUGAGGACCAAAAACAUAAUUAAGUUCUCUUUCUUUGUUCCUUCUCAUUCUCUCUCCUGCCUUUAUUCCCAUGCAUUCAUUUUCAUUAUUCUCGUAACUCCUCCCACCCACCAUCAAUCUUCAUCUGUCCCUCUCUCUCUCUCUCAUUGGAAGAAGACGCAGGAAGAGGAAGAAUCAGGAGAAGAAGAAAAAUAAGGAAAAACCUGCUCACCUCCAUCUUUGUGUGCCUGUGAAUGAUGACGAUGGUGCGAUGACAAGGUUGGCAAAGGGCGCCAGUGAUGGUUCUCGCGACAGAAUGAAGUGUUUCGCCGGCCGACGUCGGCGAUUGCCAUGCUAGUGGAAACAGGGCUUGCCUUCAAAGUCGG